UUUUCCGACUAGACGGUUGUUACCAGAAAGCACGCUCGAUAUUUCUGCGAUCUGUACGUACGAUGGGCGACGACGAGGGUAAUUCCUCAUCUUCAGAUAGCUCGGAAACGAGCAUGGAAUCGGUGGAUCCGUCAAUACCAGGGCCUUCAAAGAGGAAACGGAGAGCGCCACACAAAUCUUCAAAAAGGAAACGUCGAGAAGAUGGUAUGUUUCAUAACCUCGCCAAAGAGGUGAGUGAGGUAAAACGCUUUUUAUCCUCAAUGGUAUACCCACAUGCUCCGCCGCCCAUGCCCAUGCCCUCGUCAAAUCUUAGCUCAGACGAUGGGGACGAUAACAUCAGCCUAAAUGUCAGCGGUGAACUUUGCCCCGACAAUGAAACACGUGGCGCGGGUACAACUGAAUCGGCAGAUUUAAGCAUUAAUUUGCCGUUUAGUACUACUGUAAAAGAGCCGACAGUUCCUCAAUCAUGCCAAGCUCAUAUUGAUUUUUUAAAUAGUGUCCAGCAUUUUGGCGCACCUGAUUGGGCUGACGUGCGAUACGCGGAGGUCCAGAAAACUUAUUGCUCAACCCCAGGUUUCAUCGAAACCGAGUGUAACGAUGAAUUGAAACCGUACGACCGAAAUAUCUCGCUUAGUGUUACUGAGAAGGGCUUUGCCGCCAUUACUCAGGCAUUAAUCAAACAAAAGGAUUCGUUGCAAUCUGGGUUAGAGUCUUUACUCUCGUGGAUUUCCUCAUCUACUGAAGAUGUUACUGUAGCUGUUUUAAGAGAGAAACUUAACGAAAUUUUUAUUGCUGGGUCGUUUAAUAAAAUUUCCGUGGACCUUCUCCAAAUGGCAUGUGGACAUAGAGCAGAUCUAAUUCAACAAAGACGCGACGGUAUUCUGAGAUACGUCAAGGACAAAUUCGUUCGCGCGAGCCUUCGUAAGAUUCCGCCAACUUGCGAAGCGUUAUUUGAUAAGCAAUUGCUAUCAGCCGAGCUGGAGAAAAACGGCGGGGUUGCGAAAACCCUUUGGCCGUUACCAAGUCAAACUCCAUCAAAGUCUAACUGGCCGGCUGCGCAAGCCGGACCGUCUCGUGCUAGACAGCCCGCGCAGGGCUCAAACAAUUAUCCUAAUACGGGCUAUCUUGGCAAACCUUUGCCAGCUCCACCAGCGCAUGGUUUCCCAUACUACCAAUAUCCUCCGCAAGGAUAUUUUAUGAAUCCGCUUUCUCAACAAGCGCCUUAUUAUAUGCCGCAACGAUUUUCGCAAAAUCGAGAUGGCAAACAAAAUAAGAAAUAUAAUAAAAAUCGUAAUACCCCGAAAAAUGACGAACAAAUGCCAAAUUCUAACUUUAGAGGCCGUCGAGACAACAAAAGGUUUCGAGGCAAGCGAAAAUUCUGACUCGGUCGCGCAGACUUUCAUAGCGGGUCGCCUUCAAGAAUUUAUUCAUGUUUGGGAGCAAAUGAAGGCACCAGACUCCUUAAUAAAAAUGAUUCGAGGGUACCGAUUACCUCUGAAACAAAAAGUGCCUCUUUGUUGGCCAAAGAAAAAUCACAAGCACCAAACAAAAUUCUCAUGCGAAAUGAAGGUAGCUGUAAAAUCAUUAAUAAAAAUCGGGGCACUGGAGCCGGUGUUGCCAUCCCCAAGUUACAUAUCCCCGAUGUUUUUGGCUCCCAAAUCGGAUGGGACAAUGCGUCCGAUUUUCAAUCUGCGCAAUUUGAACAAUUACCUAAUUGUGUCCAAGUUUCGGCUGAUAA